AGUUGACUUUGACUGACAAGUAAACGUGAUUGCCUGCAGAUCAACUUCCAAUUGUUGUAGAUUCCCUUGAGGUAGAUGGAGAAGACAUAUGCCAAGAACAGCUCUCGCUCCCUUUGCAUUGUCAUGGCCUGCAAAGCAUCAUGGCGCAGCUUCUACGCUCUGCUUCUGCCGCUACUCUUCCUCCAACUGUCCCAGGCUGCGGUUACAGCUACGGGGCAGCAUCAGCAGCAGCAGCAGCAGCAGCAGCAGCGGAGCCAAGAAACAUGUGCUCCAUUCUCUUGCGGUCUGAUCCUCAAUUUCAGCUACCCAUAUCGUCGAACAACUGAUCCGCCUCAGUGUGGGGAUAGGAGGUUCGAGCUCACCUGCGACGGCAACAAAUCCACCAUGCCCAUUGGCUCCACUCACUACUUGAUCACUCGGGUAUUGUACGAAAACGCCACUGAUAUAUCGUACAAAUUCUUCACUGAGAUAUCGAACGUAUCCCACCGCAUCAGCUUGGUGGAUCCGAAGUUUGCAAAUGGAAGCUGUGGCCUCCCUUCCCAAUCCUUGUCGCCCUCCUAUUUUUCAAGGUCUGGCUAUAGUGGCCCAUAUGAUUUGUGGGCAAGUUUCAUUAAUUGUACGCGAAGAAUCGAGGGCCAGAGUUUGUAUCGGCUUGUUCCUUGCUUGAGCAACAACAACACUUUUUUCGUCUACGUCGUUUUUGCAUCUGACGGAUACAGAUUGUCACACCUCUAUCCAUCAUGUCAAUUUAUGUCGAUGAUUCCAGCGACAAGAUCCACAGCAAGGGAUGCGUUUCACAUUCUAAAAGAGGGAUUUGAUUUAGGUUUGGAAUCAUCGACCUAUAACUAUAUCGGACCCACAUUAUUCAGCCGAUGUCUGAGUGGAUUCAAAAGACAGUUCUUUGAACGAAUAAGAAGCAAACACAUCCUCUUGCGAGUUUUCUCCCUCGUCAGAAGUGAGAUAGACUUUGCAUCUUGCAUAGGAGAGAAAAACGAAAACAUUUUGACUACUCGAUUAACAAUUGCUGUGGUGGUAUUAAUCCAGAUUGUGCAGUCCUUUCUAGUUUUCUUGAUACUGGGCCGAUUAGUCAUAGCGCCUAUGAUAGUUUUGUUCUCGCUUGGUUACAGACUAUGGAACAGGCAAGUCUCAGUUGAUCUUGUAGAAAAGUUUCUUCGACGCCAGCAAACGCUGAUGCCGACAAGAUAUGCCUACUCUGAACUCAUAGCAAUCACAAGGCAUUUUAGAGAUAAGCUCGGCCAAGGAGGCUUUGGUUCAGUCUUCAAAGGGGAACUUAUAGGGGGUCAUUUUGUUGCAGUUAAAAUGUUAGUCAACUCCAAAUGCAAUGGUGAUGACUUCAUCAAUGAAGUUUCUACAAUAGGUAGGAUUCAUCAUGUGAAUGUCGUCCGACUAGUUGGAUAUUGCUCCGACGGAUCCAAGAGAGCUUUGGUUUACGAGUACAUGCCUAAUGGCUCACUUGACAAGUACAUUUUUGCUCCCAAUGGAACCAAUGGUCACUUGUUUGCCUCGGAAAAACUCAUUCAAAUAGCAAUUGGUAUUGCACGGGGCAUCGAUUACUUGCAUCAAGGAUGUGAUAUGCAGAUUCUACACUUUGACAUCAAGCCUCAUAAUAUACUUAUAGAUCAUAAUUUCACUCCAAAAAUCUCUGACUUUGGACUUGCAAAAUUAUACCCAAAGACAAAUGCUCUAGUAUCCAUUAGUGCUACAAGGGGGACAAUCGGCUAUAUUGCUCCAGAGUUAGUAUCUCGAAGCUUUGGAAAAAUCUCAUUCAAAUCAGAUGUUUACAGUUUUGGGAUGCUACUAUUGGAAAUGGCUGGAAGACGAAGAAAUGUGGAUCCUCUUGCAAUGAAUUCAAGCCGAGUUUACUAUCCAUCAUGGAUUUAUGAUAAAUUAACUCAACCGCAAGAGGUUGAAAUUGACAAUGAGUUUGAGAUACAAAACUUAGAGAAGAAACUAGCAAUAGUUGGAUUGUGGUGUAUUCAACUAAGACCAACUGAUAGACCAACCAUGACAAAAGUUAUUGAUAUGUUAGAAGUUGAUGAUGUUGAUAGUCUUCCAAUUCCACCCAGACCCUUCUUUUCAUCAGGGGAUUCAGCUACAAUAACAAAACCUAAUUUAGGUUCAAUUUCCACCGAGUUAUCUAUAGUUUCAGAGUGAAUAACUAUAUUUUGUUUAUGCAUUGCUAUUUCUUAGUAUUGAUGGUAUGCUUGAAGAACUAGAAUAUGGAAAAUAAUUUGGUAUUGAUGGACAUUAUUUAUGGAGAUGUAACUUGG